UGCGAAUGCUGAAUGUUGACAUUCAACAUGGCGGCAUGUCGUCAGUGCUGUGCUGUGUCGUGCUUGUGUAAUUGUUAGUUUAGAACAUUUUUGAAAAACACUGUUCAUUACAAAUUCAACUUUCAAAAGCCGAAGAACAAGAAAAAGACAAUAUAAAAACUUUUAAGACAACACAAUCACACCCAGCACGCAUUGAAGACAUCUGAGGAUUUUCAAGUCAACUUUUAUCCUUUAAAUCUUUAACGUUUUAUGAUUUGUAUCAUUUCCAAGGGAUGACUGGUGUUUAAGAGAAAACACAAUUUCUCUUUCCUCUCUGUUUUUUCAAUUGUAACUUGAGUAUUUUUGAUUUGGAGAAUCGUAUCAAAACUGCAUCAUUGAGAAGAAUUUUCAACCUAUGAACAAAAUCUCGUAUGCUUGCGAAUGGAAAGUAUCAUCGUUGACACACAUGAAUAUUGUGCUAAUAAUUUUAUACGCUAUUAGAAAAUUGGUAAUAUAUGAUAAGAAGUUAACAUUCAAUAAAGCUAGCGCACUAUUCAUUCAUAAAUAACAGUUAAUUAAAAAGAGUUGUGGGCCUGGAACGAAAGCAUAUAAGGAAAAUUUGCGCGUCUGUAACAUUGUGGAAAGUGCCAACGAAUCAUAAGUUGCUCGCCUUAAAGAUCGGUGCUUUCUCAAUGAACGGUAUCGAUGAUACGUAAAAAGUAUAAGGUAGCUACCAAAUAGCAGCGACAAGACCAUCGCCUUCCUUCCUGUCAUUGAAUAAACAAAAAUAAGGAAGGUUGCAACAGUCCUUCGGCGGCAUUUUAAGGAGCCUUCUUCCUCUUUGUGGAGUUCUCGUGAAGUCGUAAAUAAAUAAAUAAAAGAAAAAAUAAUAAAACGAAAAUAUAAGGUACCAAGAAACAUUCUGUGAUAUCUAUGUUAACACUUAAAUAAUUGAGAAGACUAAAAUUUCUAAGUAUAAGUAUAUAAUAUCGUGAGUGGCUAACGAGGCCAUAAAGCGCUAUACGGGCGGAAUAUAAAAAGUUCGACUGAUCAUUUCCAUCACUUGCAACGAGAGAAGACAAAGAGACGGACGAAUAGAAAACAGAAUAAUAAUAAAAAAGAAGAGAAAUAAGAGAGCAAGCGAGAGUGAUAAGCGUUAAAAAAAGUAAAGUAUUUGAGACAUGUCCAACAAUCCUCAGUGGAAAACCUUCCAGCCGCCAAUCAUGAACUCUGACCCAGCUAUAUUAGAGUACAAGUCUAUGGCCAUUCCAAGUCCUAAGGCUAUCAGUGGCAAUCAUCAGACGAACAGUUAUCGCAAUGGCACCAACUACAACAGUGAAUACAUGGACUCGCCUCCUGCUAGUGGGAAAAAUUCGACAAUGUUCAAUAAUUAUUCAGGCGCACAAACUUCUCCUCGAAAUGGAACGGCGAGAUUUCCCAUUGGUACAUUUACCGGUCUAGAAGGAACCGUCAACUAUUCCGGAGAGCCAGCGACUAAUAACUCCUCUUACCAAUCUGAUCAAACUGCUAAUCAAGGAACCCGAGAAACUGGCAUCAUUGAAAAACUCUUACACUCGUAUGGAUUUAUUCAAUGCUGUGAACGACAAGCACGGUUGUUUUUUCACUUUAGCCAAUUCAGCGGUAACAUUGAACAUCUCAAAAUUGGAGAUCCAGUGGAAUUUGAAAUGACGUAUGAUCGUAGAACUGGCAAGCCGAUUGCAAGCAUUGUCAGUAAAAUUGCUCCUGAAGUGGUACUAAGCGAAGAACGAGUUACGGGUAAUGUUACAACAGAAUUGCAAGCAAAUGGUGAUUCUCAGGGUCGAAUCAGUUAUGAAAAUAGAGGCGAAUGUUUUUUUCUACCGUAUACCAAAGAUGAUGUCGAGGGGAACGUGACUCUGCGAAACGGCGACAAAGUGUCAUUUCAAAUUGCUACGAAUCAACGUGGAAACUUGGGAGCAUGCCACAUUAGACUAGAGAAUCCAGCUCACCCUGUUCGUUAUCGCGGAGUCGUCUGCUCGAUGAAAGAGAGUUUUGGUUUCAUUGAGCGCGCAGAUGUUGUUAAAGAAAUAUUCUUCCACUUUAGUGAAGCUAAGUCUAUGAAGGAAGAAUUGAGGUUGGGUGACGACGUUGAAUUUAUUAUACAAACACGAAAUGGAAAAGAAGUAGCAUGUAAUAUAACAAAGUUGCCACCAGGAUCUAUUAUUUUUGAAGAAAUCAGUGAUGAAGUUAUCAAAGGGCAAGUUUUGAAGCCACUCGAGAGAGGUAAUUCAGCUAGACACCAAAACGAUCCUCUGCCGGGGCGCAUUCGUUAUAGAGCACCCGAUCACUCGGAAGUCGAAGUGCCUUUUGGCGAUAAAGAUCAAAAAGGAGAUUUUACGUUGAGACAUGGAGACUGGGUUCAGUUUCGAAUCGCGACAGACACCAGAGAUCAAUUAAAAAGAGCUACAGAAAUAGCGCUCUUGCCAGAGUCAUUCGACGUAUCUGGAGAACGCCGUGAACAGGGUAUGAUUGCAGCUUUAAAAGAUGGCUUUGGUUUCAUACGCUGUGUCGACCGCGAUGCUAGGCUCUUCUUUCAUUUCAAUGAAGUACUAGAUGUUGAUAGGGAGAUAAGUGUCGGCGACGAAGUAGAGUUCACUGUUGUACAGGAUCCUUCUUCAUCAUUUUCUAAUACAAGACAAAGCGCAAUAAGAUUAAAACACUUACCGACAGGAAGUGUUCAAUUUGAAACUAUUAUUGAAGCCAAUGUAUUAGGUAAUAUCAUUGAAGAUACCAAUGGUAAUGAGCCUGGAUUGAUAGGCUACGUCAAGGAUGAACAAGAGAAAAGUAUAAUUUUCUUCAAUAAGGACUGCAAUUCUAAAACUAUUCCAAAACUUAAUGACAAAGUUCAAUUUAGUAUCUGUCAAGUAAAACGAAAUAAGGAGCUAGUUGCCGUAGACAUUUCACUACUCAGUCCCAGCGGAGAAAAGAUUCAUAAUGGAAACAAAAAGUCUGGAGGUCAAAUUAUCCAAGGCUUCAUUGCUGCCCUUAAAGACGGUUUUGGUUUUAUUGAAACAAUAAAUCACGAUAAAGAAAUAUUUUUUCACUUUAGUAAUUUCGACGGAGACGCAAGCACACUGGAAUUGGGCGCGGAUGUGGAAUGUACAGUCGGCAUGGGAAACAGUCGAGGUGGAGCAGGUGGCUGCACUGCGGCAGAGAGCGUUCGGCUGUUGCCAAAAGGUAGCAUCCCAAGACCCGAGGUCAACGGCGAAGUCCUGGACGGCACCGUGAUCCGUCCACUACGAAGCGCAAACCCCGAACAAGCCGAGUACGCCGGACUAAUCAAAGUUAAUCCGAGCUCCGAGGACGAGGAGACUCCCGAAUAUGAGUUCGGCAUUAUGGGCCUGGCAAAUAAACGCGAGCUCCUGCAGACCGGCGAUCCUGUGCAGUUCCAACUCGAUUCUGAUCGUCAAGCUACGAACAUCGUGGCUGUGAGGAAAAAGCGCCGAGCCACUGUUGACGCCGUCAAAGGACCUUUUGGAUUUUUAGCUUAUGAAAUUGACGAGGGUAAGAAGCUCUUCUUCCACAUGAGCGAGGUCUGCGACAAUGUUAAGUUACAGCCUGGAGAUCAAGUUGAGUUUGUAUUGGUAACGAACCAGCGUUCCGGCAAAUCAUCGGCCUGCAACGUCGUUCGUAUAAGUGAUGCCGUGCAACAACGCCCUGAAAGAUUGAUAGUUAGACUACGCACGACUUCUCUGGAGGACAACGGCCCGAAAUUGACCGUAGUCAGGCAGCCAAAGGGCCCCGACGGAACGAAGGGCUUCAGUCAAGAGAGAAUCCAACGCUUGCCAGGUGCCAUCGAAGAGUAAUAUUAAUCCGCUGUACCUAAUAGAAUGGACUCGGAAGAAAAUUAACGAACGCAUAGCCUCGGAUCGCGAUAUACCUACUUUACCUUUUCUUUUCUUUCACGCAAGCAAUGGCGCCGAGAUUAUUGUAAUAAAUUUUGUCAUUAUGAUUUUUAUUGUUUAAGGUAAAGAAUGAACGCGAAACCAACAUCAUUUGCCAAAUCUAAGAUACUUUACUGUAAAGCAAACACUGAAAAAAUGUAUAACAAGACAACGCGCAUAGUCGGCGGCGAUGAUUUGGACAACGAGUCUAUAUUUUUUUUAUUCUUUAUUUUUAUUCGAGGAGGUAAUGCUUUUUUACUACCUCGUCUCAUACAUAUAAAACAGAAUGGAUAAUGCACGCAAACGACAUUAGUUAUUAAAUUAAUUGAAUGCGCGAAUUGAUCGCCGAUCGUUGUUAUUAUUUGUCAAAAGAAAUUGUCAUACGUAAGCGGGUUUUUGAAGAUUUCGAAAACGUUUUAGUAUUUUAAGUCAAGAAAAUAAAAAAAUUAUAAUAAAGAACAAAAACGGACAGUGAGCAGACGGAAUGAUAAGUGUAUGUAUACCUAUUAACAGUGAGAAUCAUCAAAAAGUAUGAGAAAGUAUAGGUACGGGCUUUAACGUUCAACAAAAAAAUUUAAAACAUAUUUAAGAAAAAGAACAAGCAGAGCGUUUUGCGUCUGUUUUUGUAAUUUUUGCGACAAUGAAAUUUGUCCUGUCUGUCUUUAUAAAAAUAUACGUACAUGUUGAUGCUAUUUUUUACGUUAUGUUUUCUUCGAACCAUGAUUUUUUUUAACCAAGAGAAAAAAAGUAUUCUGAAGGACAAAUAAAGACAAGUCGCGCAAGAAUUCAGGUUUUUGAAGAAAUUCUCAAUGAAUCAAACGAAACUCCAAAUGAUAAUAAUGCAAAACGAAACGAGUAAGAGGAAGUAGAAUCUCUAAGAAAAAAAGUGUUGACGGCUCCGUUGGUGUGUAUGGUGUCUUUAAUGAAAAAUGUGUAAAAAAACAUUAAUACUGGACAAAAUGUUGUCCUAGAGAGUAUAUUGAAUAAAAAGGUGCGCGCACGAGUAAUUUUGUUUUUCUAUUAUUAUUAUUAUUAUUAUUAUUAUUUGCGCCAUGCUAAUAACCUACGAUGACAACGCAAUAUCAGAAUGUCUAUGAAAAUGCUCGUAUACGCACCUGCACGAGUUUGUCGUUUGAGUUCCCGAUCUGCAACUCGUGUAAUAAAAUCAAACAAGUUAUUUUGAACUUUUAGUUACGCAUAUGAAAGUAACCGGGUAAUCAGGUUAAUAUCGAAAAGACAGGAUCAAUAACAACAAAUAAAAUGAAACAAAUGAAAAAAUUACGUUUAAUCAUUGUAUUUUAAAAUGAAAUUUGAUCAUCGUUUAUUACUGACGAAGAAGAAAUAAAGUAAUAGAAAAAAUAUCUAAAAAAAAGUGAAAAACCAAGUGUAAAGAAAACGAUGGUGAUAUUUCUUUAGUCUCAAAAGAAAAAAAUAGUGUUAGAAAGGAACAAAAUGGGAGGAAUGAACAAGCAAAAGCAAAUGAAACAAAGCAAAUACAUAAAAUCAAGUGUACACCAUCAUAUUGUGUCUUAUAGAUUCGGAAAAAUGCAUACCACGAAGUACUGUAAAUCAUCCUUUGGUAAAUAAACAUUGGAAGCAACAGAAU